AUGCCCUACGCCCUAAGUACAUUGCCCCAUGCCCCAGGCCUCAGGAUCCAUUCCCCAGAGGCCAGGUCCAUUGCCCAGGCCCCAGGUCCAUUGCCCCACGCCACAUGCCCCAUGCCCCACACCCUAAGUACAUUGCCCCAUGCCCCAAGCCCCAGGUCCAUUGACCCAGGCCUCAAGAUCCAUUCCCCAGGCCCCAGUACAUUGCCCCACGCCCCAAGCCCCAGGUCCAUUGACCCAGGCCUCAAGAUCCAUUCCCCAGGCCCCAGGUCCAUUCCCCCAGGUUCCAUGCCCCAGGUCCAUUGCCCCACGCCCCAGGUCCCUUGCCCCAAGCCCCAGUUCUAUUGCACCACGCCCCAUGCCCCAAGUCCAUUGCCCCAGGACUCAGGUUCCAUGCCCCAGGCUCCAGGUCCCAAGUCCAUCGACCCAGGCCCCAGGUUCCAUGCCCCAGGACCCGGGUCCCAUGCCCCAAUGCCCAGGUCCAUUGCCCCAGGCCUCAGGUUCUAUGCCCCAGGUUCAUCACCCCAUGUCUCAUGCCCAAGGUCCGAGGUCCAUUGCCCCAGGCCUCAGGUUCCAUGCCCCAGGCCCAAGGCCCCAGUGUCCGGCUGA